UCCAUGAGGAAGCAGACGCCAUGAUGGCUGCCAGAUCGUGAGGAAGUCCAGUCUCUGCGCGCAAAGUGGCCGGGAUCGCCUGUCCUUCCGCGAUCGCACGUCUGUAGGACAUAUUCUGGGCGAUUGGACACAGCAGCUGGACCUGAGGUAACUUAGGGAGGGCUGAGACAGUGGGUUUUCGCUUCCGGAGGCACCGAAGUUGCGGAGGAGAGAGUUCCGACCCUUGCGGAAGAGCUCGGUGGGGGAAACGAGGUCGUCAGGGCAAGCCGAGGGCACAGCCGGCACCAUGGCCAACACACUCAAAUCCCUGGUCUCCAAGAAGAAGAGGAGAUUUCAAGAAGACGGCUUCGACUUGGACUUAACUUACAUUUAUCCUAACAUCAUAGCGAUGGGGUUUCCUGCUGAGAAACUGGAGGGUGUCUACAGAAACAACAUUGACGACGUCGUCAGAUUUCUGGAGUCCAAACACAAGGGCCACUACAAAGUCUACAAUUUGUGCUCUGAGAGAAGUUAUGACCCCAGUAAGUUUAACCAAAGGGUUGCAGUCUACGCCUUUGAAGAUCACAACCCUCCCAAACUGGAGCUUAUCAAGCCUUUCUGUAACGACCUGGACGAGUGGUUAGCAGAGGACGAGGACAACGUCGCCGCAGUGCACUGUAAGGCAGGAAAGGGUAGAACAGGUGUAAUGAUAUGCGCAUAUUUGCUACACCGAGGAAAGUUCCCUACACCAGACGAGGCCCUCAGAUUUUACGGUCAGGCUAGGAAAAAUGAAAAGGGUGUGACGAUACCCAGCCAGAGAAGAUAUGUGGAGUACUACUGGGACCUGACCAGAUGUGGCCUGGAGUACAAACCCACCACGUUACUACUGCAGUCCAUCUUCAUCGAGACAGUCCCCAUGUUCAGCACCGGCGGCUCCUGUAGUCCUCAGUUUGUUGUUACACAAUACAAUGUCAAAUUGUACACGUCACCUGUAUAUGAGGGUGCAAAGAGAGAAAACAGAGGAUUUAUCCUGGGAGUGUUACCUCAGCCGCUGCCUGUGUGUGGAGACAUCAGAAUAGAACUCUUUCACAAACCUAACAAGAUGAUGAAGAGGGACAAGAUGUGCCACUUCUGGUUCAACACCUUCUUUGUCAGAGAAGGAGACAUAACGGAGCUCAGGAACGGACAGAUCCCGCAUUUACAGGCCUGCAACGUCAUGGAAAAGGAGACGGUGGGUAGCAACGGUGGUUGUUGUGCUCCCAACUGUAUAACAGACAGACUAGCGCCGGGCUGUCGAACACUGGUGCUGACGCUGAGGAAAGACCAGAUCGACAAGGCCAACAAAGACAAGAGCAACAAACUCUUCUCACCCAACUUCAAGGUCACGUGUAUCUUCACCCAACCAGAGGAACCCAAAGCCAAGGAGACCAGUAGAAAUUCCACACAGCCCAAGUCAGACCAGAGGUCCACCGGCAGUACGUCCAGCGCGUCGAGCGACAGCAUCACGCCCGACAUGAGCGACAACGACGUCGACGACGAGAACCUGUCCGACACAGACGACGAGGAGGAGUGGGAAGACGGCCAGCGGGUGACGUACCUUUAGCGGUGUAGCGGGCCAUUGUGUAGUGACUAACGGGCAUGCGGUAGUUGUCCCACCCUGCAUGUACAGAGAUCCUUUAACCUUUCAAUCACACAGCAGAUAUUAGACAAAUAUCAGAGACAAAGGGGGGGGGGGGUAAGGGAAGACCCCAUGUUGUUGUUCUAGCUUGAGAGUAGUCGGUGGUGAGACUAUGGCUAAACAUGAUUUCAAAACAUUAAUACCGUCUGAGUUUUUAAAGAAAUGUUUCCUCCUCAUUUUGUUGUAAAAAUUAUUUUGUGGAUUUUUGUAUUUUGGUUCAGCUACCUUUAGAUGUUAUACAUUUGUAGCUGGAAACCAACCAAAAACCUGUUGUCAUUGUAGGAUGAAGCGGCCAGUGUUAAGAAAUUCGGUCUAAAAUUCCUUUCGUUUAAAAUUCCUUCUGCAUGUUUUGAUCAUCAUCUAAGCUGAAUGCAUAUUUUGCAUAAACAUAAACUUUUUACAGAACACGAAGCAUUAAAGAGUGACAUUGUCACUCGAAACUUCCUUGUACAAAUGUGUCUGUCUGCUCUUCUCACUCAAGAAAUAAAAUACCCAAUCCAUAGUCUCAUUACCUGGAAGAAAUGGUAGUCUACAACGAGUUAUGUUGCAUGGCUGGAACCCCGUUGGAGUAAGUGGAUGAAAAUACACUUCCCACAUUGGUGCUACAUUUCCAGGCCACAUCCUAAUACCGUAUUUUGUAUCAACCAACCAACCAAUCGAGGCUCACAGGCACUAACCAAUCAGAUCCAAGCAUAGGAAAAGAAAAAGGUGCUGACCAAUCAGAACCCAAAGCUUAUGUGUACCAGCCAAUCAGAUCCAAGCAUUGUAAAAUGGUGCUAACAAUAGAACUCAUGGCUGAGGUACUCUAGCCAAUCAGAAGCACAAAAGACGGUCCUGUCCAAUCAGAACUUCUGGUUCCAGUACAACAGCCAAUCGCAUCCUAGAAAACAUUGCUGGACAGUCAGCUUUACAGAUGACUAAUUCCUUCAGCCUUCAAACACUUUUUAAAAUGAAAACAGAUUUAAUGUUGACUUCAGUAGAUCUGAAUUAAGUUCAACAAGUUUCUUUAAUUACACUGAAGAAUCCUCAGGAUGGUCUUUGCUAAUAUCUGCUGUGGAAAACGGGUGUUUUCUUUAUAAAUUUAAUCUUGUAUUAUGGUGCCCCCCUCCCCAGGAAGAAAAAAAAUCAAAUGUUACAAGCAGGAGAUUACAAUUUCUUGGAGGGGUCAGGGUUUGUGUAAAUGUGUUUAAGAAAAGCUUGUGACUCCGACAUUCUUAUGGAAUUACUGUUGUUCAGUACCAAACAAUUGUUCAAAUCUACCGGUGAAUUGUCUACUUGUGCAGAAAAUGUUAUACAAGUAA